AUGAAGAUGCACACCGACGAAGGAAACCUCGACUGGGUCUUCAAUAAUACGCCUGUGUUCUUUAUUCGGGAUCCCAUCAAGUUUCCCUCUGUGAAUCGCUCCCACAAGAGGAAUCCCCGAUCCCAUUUGCCCGAUCCAAACAUGUUUUGGGACUUCCAUGUCGGGAACCCUGAAGGCAUCCACCAACUUUUGGUUCUGUUCAGUGACAGAGGAACCCCAAAAUCCGUUCGAUUCCUCAAUUCAUACAGUGGACAUACUUACAAGUUCACAAAAGCAGAUGGCUCGUUCAAUUAUAUCAAAAUCCACAUGAAGACGCGACAGGGCGUGAAGAAUUUCACACAGGAGGAAGCAACUCGCGUCGCGGGAGAGGACCCUGAUUACAUGAUCAGAGACAUGUUCGAUGCCAUUCAAAGAAAAGAAUUCCCGCAGUGGGAUGUUUUUGUCCAAGUAAUGAGCCCUUCCGAGGCCGAAGCCUAUCGCUGGAAUAUUUUCGACAUGACAAAGGUUUGGCCGCAAAAGGACUUCCCAUUGAAGAAGAUUGGUAAAAUGACCUUGAAUCGCAAUCCCAACAACUAUUUUACCGACAUCGAACAGGCUGCUUUCUCGCCUUCAACUAUGGUACCCGGAUUUGCAGCUUCUGCUGAUCCCAUUCUGCAAGCCCGUCUUUUUGCGUACCCCGAUGCAGCUCGGUAUCGCCUUGGUGUCAACUAUCAACAGCUCCCUACCAAUGCCGCCAAAGUCCCCGUUUACUGUCCAUUUGAACGGGAUGGAGCAAUGCGAUUUGAUGACAAUUACGGCGCUGACCCGAAUUACGUUGGAUCUACCCUGCAGCCAACCCGCUUCAAGACUGAGGAAAAUGGCGUUACCUCACAGUCACUGAGCCUCCAUACCGACCACGAGAAAUGGGUUGGCGAGGUGUCAACUUACACCAGUCAGGUUACCGACGAGGAUUUCGUCCAACCUGCAGCUUUGUGGGAAGUCCUUGGCCGCGAGCAAGGGCAUCAGGAGAGGGUCAUCCAGAACCUUGCAGGAAAUAUUAGCGGGGUUACAUCAUCGAAGUUGCGCGAUGGUGUUUACGCACUUUUCGGUCGCGUCAAUCAAGAGCUCGGGGCUAAGCUUAGAAAGGCGACGGAGGCCAAGGUUAAGAACUAA